GCUUCACCUGAUGGAUGGACUGUCUCCACCCAAAACCAUAGGUGUUCUGAUUUUCCAUCUUCUCCUAACACACUCCUGUAGAGGUCAGUCUCAGCUAAUUGGUCCAUCUCAGCCAAUAGUGGCAACAGUUGGAAAUGACAUAAUUUUGCCAUGUCAUCUUCAACCUGCUGUGGGUGUUUCUGCCAUGACGUUGGAGUGGACAAGACCUGAUCUGGAUCCCAGAUUUGUCUUUGUGUGGCGUGCUAAUCAGGACCUUGUAGAUAGAAAAAAUCCAAAUUACAAAGGAAGAACAUCACUGUCCAUUGAUGAACUGAAGCAGGGAAACAUUUCAUUGAAACUCUCCAAAGUGAAAACUUCCGAUAAAGGAAAAUACAGAUGCUUCAUUCCAGACAUGAAUAAAGAGUCCUUCGUUGAGCUUGUUGUCGCAUCAGGUACUGUCUCAUCACCUGUGGUCAGUAUAGCAGGUACUGACAGAGAGAGAGGAGGAGUGAUGUUACAGUGUGAGUCUAAAGGCUGGUAUCUACAGCCUGAGGUGCUCUGGUUGGACGGAGAGGGAAACCUCCUCUCUGCUGGACCUACAGAGACAAUCAGAGGUCCUGAUUACCUCUAUACUGUCAGCAGCAGAGUGACUGUGGAGAAGAGAAACAGUAACAACUUCACCUGCAGAGUCCAACAGAGCAACAUCAACCAGACCAGAGAGACAAACAUUAUUGUUCCGGGUAAAAUAGACCUUUUUUUGUCUCAGAUUCUGGAUUUACUUUCAUAUAACUGA